CAGCACUUGAUGUCAGCGGGUAUCUACAGACUGGAGAGGUUACCCUGACCUGUGAGCUCCAUGGUUACCAGUCAUCACUCUCUCCUCCUGUGUGGCUAAACACAAAUGGCAGUGAAAGAAAUGACUCUACCAAAUACACUGUGUCCGUGUGUGAAGGAAACAACACCAUAAUUCUACAGAAUGGCACUGUCUUCCCUAGUAUUAUUUUCAAUAUCACAAUUCACAACCUUUCAUCAGCUGAUGGAGGUAUCUACACGUGUUGUGGUGUCAGAGGAGAGAGUGUCACUCAACUCACAAUAUUAGAAGGAACUGAUCCAAACAUAUUAUCCCAAACAUGCAUUUCCUCGUCUAUAGAGGUAAAUAUCACCCCCACUCCAUCCCCUGGCAACGAAACUACCACUCGUGUCCCUGUAUUAAACGAAAACAUUGUCAUCAUAGCAGCUGCAGUUGUGACUGUUUUUAUAAUACUCACAGCAGUUGGUAUUCUUGUAACAGCUUUGGUGUUUAUCACAAUGUAUCGCAGUAAGACUCUAGCCAUUUCGACACACAAUGAGAACAAUUACAUAGAAGUUGAACUCACGCCUAAUUUGACAGAAAACGUAACCGACAUUCAGAACUCCCCUAUGGCACGAGACAGCGUUAUCCCUACAAUACCUUCCCAGGAUUUGGUUGAGACAGAUUUUCAACAAAUGGGAUUCGAUCGUGAAGAGCUAGAGUACGAAAAUGGAGAGUUGUACAGACAGCCGGGAAGAAUGCAACUAAAGAGGAGAUCAACAAAUUCAACUGAGCCAAAAUUGACGAAAGUCAUUACAGUUGAUUUUGAGGAUGCGCUUGAUUCCAAUCCAAUAUAUGAUACUGCAUCUAUUUUAGGUGAUGGUUUUAUGGAGGAAAAUCCACUGUAUGAUGAUCAAGAAACCUGCGGGGCAGAGGGUAUACUCAGUGGAGAAAAAUCAUUGCUUGAACCAAAUCCGAUGCAUGAGUCUGAACAGAGUCUUAUGAAGGAGAAUCCAUUGUACGGUAGGCGGAGCUGCAGUACUGACAGCGAACUCAGUGGAGAACCAAUUUUCAAUGAGGCUUUUAAUCCAGCUAUGUUGUCAUGCAAAGGAGAUCAAUUUUACUAUGAAGAAAUAAAUCCAAGUAACUUUGAACCAAGUCAGCAAGAUGGCGAUGACACGAAUUUACUUCCAUUUGAACCAGUGUACGACAUACCUUCGCUGGUGGUGGCAUCCGCAAAGCCCUUGCUAAUUGAAACUGAAAACAUUUGUGAAGAAAGGGUUCUUGGAAUCGGGCAGUUUGGGGAAGUUAUUUUAGCGGAAACUGUGGGUUUGAGUGAGAAAGACCUGAAGCUUGGUAGCAGCACUGACAAGAAUGCACGGAUCCUAGUGGCAGUGAAGAAGCUGAAAGAUCAGGCCGACAACUCCAUGAAGGAAUCGUUUGAGAAAGAGAUCAAGUUCAUGUCCGGGCUCUCCGAUGAGAACAUUGUUCGUUUGUUGGCUGUGUGUGAUAAGGAGCCAAAGUUCAUUGUGAUCGAGUACAUGGGAAACGGAGAUCUUUAUCAGUUCUUAAAACGACACCAGCUGGAUACUGCCGAAUUGCUGGAAAACAGAUUGACAGUUUCGAAUCUCCUGUACAUUAGUGUUCAGAUAGCCAGUGGAAUGCGAUAUCUUGCUUCUCUUAAAUACGUGCACAGAGAUUUGGCCUCUAGGAACUGCCUUGUGGGCAACAAUUUGACAGUAAAAAUUUCUGAUUUUGGCAUGAGUCGCAAUCUCUACGAGUCAGUCUACUAUCGAUUACAAGGGCGAGCCAUACUUCCAAUUCGUUGGAUGGCAAUGGAAAGUUUCUAUGGGAGAUUCUCUGAGAAGACAGACGUCUGGUCAUUUGGUAUCACACUGUGGGAGAUAUUCACUCUGGGAAGAUUCCUCCCUUACGAGGAACUGGACGAUCAGCAAGUUGUUGAUGAAGCAAUUAGAAACAAGCAACGUAAACUACUACCGAAGCCCGAGGCAUGCCCUGAGGAUGUCUACCAACGUGUGAUGCUUAAAUGCUGGGAGUACAAACUAGAAGAUAGAGCUGAUUUCGCAGAGCUCCACAAAGUUCUAGAAGAAAUUCACAAGCACUUGAAAUAAAGUACAGUCUGGAUACUAAUUUUGGUAUCGACAUUUGUGUGCAUUAACUCAUAUAAGCAGAACGAGCCUAGAAUAAGUACAGUGCACAUGCAUCACUAACCUACUGUGAUUCUUUGUAUAAAGUAGAUUGCAAUCCAUUUAUGCACUUGUAACAACAAUUCCACUAAUAUGUACUAAAGUAUAAUAAUUUUUAUUACUGAGUGUACAUACUUCAACAAAACAUACCACG